CAUUCGAUCGACGCGAGCGCUCAUUUCCACGAGGGCGCUCCUAGCGCACAUGUCAACAUAAUAGCUCACACAAUCUCUGACCGUUCGCGUGCACACUGUUUCUGGGGCACAGAACACAUCUUCUGCAAACACUAUCCCUUUGAGCCUGCGCCCGGGAAAGGCAUCCUCUCGACGACUUGGGUACACAGACUGGUCCGCAUGGGCGUGAUGGAUCACGCUGAGGCAGCGAAGCUGGAGUACGACACGGACGUGGUCUCGUAUGCGGAGCCGGACGAUUUCUUCUACCGCACGCACGAUCCUCCUACGAUCGAUCGGCAGGGCGGGGAUAUGGGCACGCAGUACCGAUCUGCGAUCUUCACGACGACACCGGACCAGCAGACGGAUGCGCAGCGCGUCAUGGAGGAGGUGCAAGCGAAGCAUUUCACGCGCAAGGGCUUGAAGAUAGUCAUGCAGAUCUUACCAGCCGGUCCGUGGUGGGACGCCAAGGACUACCACCAGCUGUAUCUGUUCAAGAACCCGGGCGGAUACCAAUGUCCGACCCACCGCGUGCAUUGGUAG